AUGGCUGAAUAUGACCUUACAAAGCGAAUGGUACCGUUUUUCGAUCCUCACCUCGUGAUACCACUUCUCGAGUUCAUCGAACCUCGUGAGAUAUAUGAUUACACUUCAAUGGUGGAAAUGCAUCGCAAAGUUUUGUUAAUGACCAAUAUGAUUGAUAGUGUGAUAGAAACAUAUCAACCGGGCGACGUGCCUGAAGAGCUGGAAAAGCGUAAAAUUGAAAUUCUUAAUCAGAGAGAAAAACUAAAAGCGAAAGUGGAUCCUGUAGUGGAAAUUCUGGAGACUGAUGCUUGCAAGGCUUUGAUGGAUGCAAGGGAUGGAACAACUAGGCUUUAUGAAUACGCUGUAGCUAAUCACGGGGUUUGUGCAUUCUUCCUUAAAGCAGUAAUUGUUGCUGGUAGUUUGUGUAAGAGUCUGUUUACUGAUGAUAUGAUUGAUUCAUUAUUUCGUUAUGCCAAAUUUCAAUAUGAAUGCGGCAAUUAUUCGGCAGCAUCUUUGUGUUUAUACUAUUAUCGUAGCCUCGUGCCUCAGCAGAGUCCAAAUUACCUUAAUGCGUUGUACGGAAAACUUGCCUCCGAAAUCUUACUUCAAGAGUGGACUCACGCAAAAGAUGAUUUGACAAAAUUGAGAGCAUAUAUAGACUUCAAUCCGUUUGACACUGAACUUGAAGCUGUAAACCAAAGGGCAUGGUUGAUGCAUUGGGCGCUGUUUGUCUAUUUCAAUUAUCCUAAAGGAAGAGACGAAAUAAUUGAAAUGUGUCUUAAUCAGCAAUCUUACCUCAAUACUAUCCAGGUCGCAUGUCCUCAUCUUCUCCGCUACUUAGCUGUUGCUGUAGUAACUAGUAAGACAAAACAGAAGAACAGUAUGAAAGAUCUUAUCAAAGUUAUUGACAUUGAAAGGCACAAUUAUGAAGAUCCUGUGACUGAUUUUCUUACGUGUUUAUACAUAAAAUACGAUUUCGACGAAGCACAGAAGAAAUUGAGACAGUGUGAAGAGGUUCUUUCAAAUGACUUUUUCUUGACUGCUUGUCUGGAAGAUUUUCGAGAAAGUGCUCGUUUACUCAUAUUUGAAAUGUUUUGUCGAAUACACCAAUGUAUAUCAAUAGCAAUGUUAGCAGAAAGACUUAAUAUGCAACAGAUGGAAGCUGAGCGAUGGAUUGUUGAUUUAAUAAGAAACUACAGAAUAGAAGGUGCAAAAAUAGAUUCAAAACUUGGCCAGGUGGUGAUGGGAGCGAAGACUAUUUCCAUACAUGAACAAGUUAUGGAAAACACCAAACGACUAACUUUCAGAUCACAACAAAUGGCGCUGCAACUUGAAAAGUUAAAGUUAGAUAAGAAGGCUUAA